CACGGCCCGGCACGGCACGGCACGGAGCGCGGCCGCGGGCGUCCCAUGGCCGCGACACGGCGCCGGAGGAUGCGCCGCCGAGCAGCGAGAAGGGGGUGAAGCGACCCCGCGGAUUUACCAUCUUCUUCGUCCCCGCCUUUCUCCUCUUGUCCGGUAAACCCCCUUCCGGGGGAGGGGGAAGCGCCCCGACUCACCGGGCUGGCGGCCCCCGGCGGCCCCGGGAGCGACGAGCGGCGGUGGGCAGGUGCCGGGGGGAGCCGCCGCCGCGGGGCCGCGCUCCGCCCGCACUGGCCUUAACGGGGCCGCCGCCGCCGCCGGGGGCCGCUGCCGGCUCUGCCCGCUCCCGCCGGCCACUGCCUUGGGACUUACCUCACGCCUCCACCACACCUCAGGACGAGACCGCGGAGCCGCGGGCCGUCACCAUGCCCGACUCGCCGGCCGACGUGAAGACGCAGCCCCGCUCCACGCCGCCCAGCAUGCCGCCGCCGCCGCCCGCCGUCACGCAGGGAGCCACGCGCCACCCGUCCUUCACGCCAAACGCCAAUCGAGACGCUGGCCCUCCGACGUUUCUGCCUCGCGGCCGUUUUCAUGGUUGCUUGAAAUGGUCGAUGGUCUGUCUUUUGAUGAACGGGAGCAGCCACUCGCCGACCGCCAUCAAUGGGGCUCCGUCCACCCCCAACGGGUUCAGCAACGGGCCGGCCACCUCCUCCAGCGCCUCGCUGUCCACGCACCAGCUCCCGCCGGCCUGCGGCGCCCGCCAGCUCUCCAAGCUCAAGCGCUUCCUCACCACGCUGCAGCAGUUCGGCAACGACAUCUCCCCUGAGAUCGGGGAGCGCGUGCGGACCCUCGUCCUGGGGCUCGUGAACUCCACGCUCACCAUCGAGGAGUUUCACGCCAAGCUCCAGGAAGCCACCAACUUCCCGCUGCGACCCUUUGUCAUCCCCUUCCUCAAGGCCAACCUGCCGCUGCUGCAGCGGGAGCUGCUGCACUGCGCCCGCAUGGCCAAGCAGAGCCCGGCGCAGUACCUGGCGCAGCACGAGCAGCUGCUGCUGGACGCCAACGCCACCUCUCCCAUCGACUCCUCCGAGCUGCUCCUGGAGGUGGGCGAGAGCGGCAAGAGGAGGACGCCAGACAGGACCAAAGAGAACGGUUUGGACCGAGACCCUCUGCACCCCGAGCACCUCAGCAAGCGGCCGUGCACCAUGAGCCCGGCGCAACGUUACAGCCCCAGCAACGGGCUGAGCCACCCUCCCAACGGGCUGGGGCCCCCUCCCAACGCCCCCCCCCUGCCCCAGCACUACCGCCUGGAGGACAUGGCCAUGGCCCACCACUACCGCGACACCUACCGUCACCCUGACCCCCGCGAGCUCCGCGACCGCCAACGACCUGCUGCGGUGCACGGGACACGGCAGGAGGAGGUGAUUGACCACCGACUCACCGACCGGGAGUGGGCAGAGGAGUGGAAACACCUCAACAACCUGCUGAACUGCAUCAUGGACAUGGUGGAGAAGACGCGCCGGUCGCUGACGGUGCUGCGGCGGUGCCAGGAGGCCGACCGAGAGGAGCUCAACCACUGGAUCCGGCGCUACAGCGACGCCGAGGACAUGAAGAAAGGCAGCCCCCCCUCUGCCCGCCCCCACAACAGCUCCUCCGCCUCCGAGGCACCCCAGUUAGACGCUCACCGGGACUUUGCGCCGCGGCCACUCUCCGGGUACAUGCCAGAGGAGAUCUGGAGGAAGGCUGAAGAAGCCGUGAACGAGGUGAAGCGCCAGGCCAUGUCCGAGCUGCAGAAGGCCGUGUCGGACGCCGAGCGGAAGGCGCACGAGCUGAUCACGACAGAACGAGCCAAGAUGGAGCGAGCACUGGCCGAGGCCAAGCGCCAGGCUUCCGAGGAUGCCCUGACCGUCAUCAAUCAGCAGGAGGACUCCAGCGAGAGCUGCUGGAACUGCGGGCGCAAAGCGAGCGAGACCUGCAGCGGCUGCAACACGGCGCGUUACUGCGGCUCCUUCUGCCAGCACAAGGAUUGGGAGAAGCACCACCACGUCUGCGGGCAGACUCUGCAGGGGCUGCCGGCCCCCAGCGCCCCCAGCGCCGGCGUGGGGCUGCCGCCGGCUCCGGGCCAGCCCGACGGGGUGCCCACCAUGGCCAGCAGCCCCAGCGAGACGGGCUCGGCGGCCGCUUCCCGCGCCGGCACCCCGGCCACCCCGGCGCCGCUGGAGAGCGCGUCCCGCUGAGCUCCCGCCCGCCAAAAGACACGGACUGCACUCGAUGCAAUUUCCUCAGCUACCUGACUCGUGUGACCUCCGAAACGACCUCUCUAGCUCUCACAAAUAAUCCUCAAUGGAUCCUCAAACUGGGCUUUAAGUGGAGUUAAGGCAAAUACCGGUCUCUGUUCUGUCUUUGGUCUUUGUUUUGGCUUUUUUUCCUCCUUUUUGGUUGGUUUUCUAUCAGUUAAGGGAUUGGGGUUCUUUUUUUGUUGUUGUUUUGUGUCCUUUUUUUGAGUUUGCUUUUUUUUCCUUUUUAUUUUCCUUCCCAGCUGAGGGAUCUGGCUGCAGCCUCACCCAGGGUGAUGUGUGGCCCCGUCCCACGCCGGCACUGCCGAGGGGCUGGUGCUCAGGAGGAAAGAAGCUGCUUUUCCUUCCUCUCUCUCUUGGGUUUUUUUUCCCUAUUUUUUCCUUUUUUCCCUUUUUUUCUUUUUUUUUUUUGUAAAAAAAUAAAGAAAAUAAAAAAGAAACCGUCGGACUCUUUGGCUUUAAGUAAGAAAUUGUACAAAAAAAACCCCAGAAACAAGAAAAAGACAAAAAAAAGACAAAAAAAAAAAAAAAGACAAGAGAGAAUCCAAAAAGCAGCCGCCGCGAGCCGGACGCUCACCUGUAACUACCUUGCUAGCUAGCCAAGAACAGACCAGACUCACCUCUGCUCCAAAGGAAAUCCAAAACCAAGGAAGAUCCAAACGUCUCUCCACUGCCAAAGUUCAUUUCGUUCUGUUGUCGCUUCCUUCUCCUCCCCACAAGGACGGACGGACGGACGGGUGCGCCCCCGGGGCUGGGAAGAGUCUGUGUUGAAAUCAAGGAGAAGGGAAACUUUGUGUUGAAAUCAAGCAAAAGGGAAACUUUGUGUUGAAAUCAAGCAGAAGGGAAACAAAGAGGAGGGGGAAAAAAAAGGUGGGUUCUUUUGUUUUUUCAAAGGAAGCCCCCGAGGUGUGUUGGGGGGGGAGACGGUGGCUGAGAACCGCCCCGGUGGGCACAGCCCCAGCCGACGCAUCUCUACCUCUGCCCGACGCCACCCUGGAGUAAAGAGAAUGAAACAGUGAAAUGAAAAGACAGCUUUUGGGUUUGUCCCUUCCCGAAGCCGUCGGGGGCUGCCCGCGGCCGGACCCCCCACCGCAGCCCCUGGCUGCCGGGCUGCUCCCACCCCCAGCCUUGGAUUGAUUUUGGUUUAUUUUGCAAGGCUUUUGAAGAGGAAAAAAAAAAAAGAAAGGAAAGGAAAAAGGCGAGUGAGCAGCACGUCCUUGGUGGGCGAGGAGGCAGCCAAGGACCACGGCGCUGAGUUUGUCCUUCCCCAGGGCUGCACAAAGCGCAGAGGACGGGAGUGCAAUACGCGAAGUGCCCCCGGCCCCGGCCCCGGCGGGGGCAGCCCCGGGGCAGGAGUGCUGCACCUAAUGUGAAUGUAAAUAGCGGGGGAGGGUCUUUUUUUUUUUUUGCAGAGGUCCAAAUACUAAUAAUACUACUAAUAAUCAUGCUGAUGAUAGUGAUGAUGAUGAUAAUAAUAAGAGACAUUUGCCAAAUAAAAGGUGAUGAGAACUGCGGGAGGCUGUGGCGGGGGGAGCCAGCGUGGCCGGAGGCGAAGUCGCGUGCUCGAUAGGAGCUGUAGGUUUGUUUCUGCGUUUGCAAAAACCAUCCUGUGUGUUUUCUGUAGGGGAGGAAGGGGAGGGGAGGCUCGGGGCCAGGUGGGUUGUGUUGCCAGUCGCCCAAGGGCCGUGCUGGGCUGUGCUGUGCCACGCUGCAGCAGAGCUCGGUGCAUGGGGCACCCCUGAGGUGACGGUACUGGCCCUGUGCCACCAGCACUGAGCCCUGCUGCAGGUUUCUGUGCACCCUGAGACCUUGGUGCAGCCACCUAAGAAGGUUCUAUGUACCAAGGUCUUGGUACAUCCCCCCCAGGGGUUUCUGUGCACCCCAAGACCUUGGUGCACACCUCUAGGCUGUUCCUGUGCACCCCAAGGUCUCGGUGCAUGCCUCCCGGGGGGUUCUGUGCACCCUGAGGUUUCAGUUCAUCCUCCCAGGGGGGAUUACAUGCAGCCCAAGACCUUGGUUCAUGCCCCUAGGGUGUUCCUGUGCACCCCAAGGUCUUGAUGCAUCCCCCCUGGGAGUUUCUGUGCACCCUGAGACCUCAGUGCAUCCCCCCCAGGGGCGUUUCCCUGCACUCCGAGCUUGGGAGCUUUGCUGGAUGCCCCUCGAGUGGCUGUUCACUUUAUUUAUGGUGUGACAUAUGUAAUAUUGUCUAUUUUUCUUACGUUUCCUGAGAAGAGGUAAUAUAUAAGGGUAUUGCAGAAGCACCUGCUGCGGGGCUGCCUGCUCUCCCACCCCGUCCCUGCCCUUCCUGCCCUCUGUGUCCCCACAUGGCCCCGCUCUGUGCCAGGGCUCUGCCUCUCUACCUCCGCCUCACCGGGAAACCACGGACGGGAGCGUUCCCACAGAGGCUGCUCUCGUUUCCACUCCCUUCUGCUUUGCUUUUUUUUUUUUCCUCAUUAUUUUCUUUUAUUUCUUUUUUGUUUUAAAUAACAAUAAAAAACUCCCCUACA